ACUGCGCAUUGCGACUUGCGGUCGCGAAUUUGUCAACGCUGCUGCCCGAUGUUCAUGGACACGGCCGGCCUGUUCAUGAGCCCUCGACGACGAUCUGCACCCAGCCAGCAACGAGGUGUUGCUGUGUUCUCAGGUGCCUUGGUUCGGGGUAGAGCAGCAGUGAGUGAGCUCAGUGGGAGAGUUUUGGUGGGACUGAUGGAGUUCAGUGAUCGACGGCUGCUUUAGUCGAGGAGUGUUCUCUCUCUCGCUCUCUGUGGCUGGUCGAACGAAAGUGUUGGCAGACGAUUUUGGUUUGCUUUUGGAGCUGGAAAUCAGAUUGCCUGGCAGUUCAGGGAGGGAGGAAGGGAGGGAUGGGGUCUGCAUCCAGGGCAGGACGAAGGUGGCGGAUGGAUUCGCUUUCGUUUCUCGAGGAGAGGUUGCGGAUUGGUUCUGUCUUCGAAUGGCGACUGGGAGAUGGGAAUGCGUCGACUGCAGGGCAGCCGGCAAAAGUGCGUUCAUCAUCGCCGAUGCAAGUGAGGAUGGAUUUUACUGCACGGUUUGAUCGUCAACAUCCACGAUUGCAUCCAGUUUUGACAAUGAUGCGCAGCCCUAGCAGAGACAGUGCUUCCCGGUUAAAUCCUGCGUGGAGUCAUCUGGUUGCCGCCAGCUUCAGCAACUCUGGGCCAUCUCUGAGCUCUUGCACGGUCACUUUGGAAGACGUGCUUCAGUUCUGGCACAGAGACGUAGAUGCGGAAAAGAAUGUGUUUGCGAGUAAGAGUUGGUUCAUGGGUGGUCCUGAUUUCGACCGAGAGGUGAAGAUGAAGUUUGGCGAGUGUGUGAACUUAGCAGCCGAAGGGGCCCUAGAUGGAUGGAAAGACAGUGUGCGUGGUAGGCUUGCCCUUGUGAUCGUAUUGGACCAAUUUCCAAGGAAUAUCUAUCGACAAUCUCCGAAAGCUUAUGCGUACGAUGAGAUUGCUCGGAAAAUAACUCUGGAGACGAUCGAGCAGGGUCUGGAUGCAAAGUUAAAUCCCACGGAGAGAACGUUUUUGUAUAUGCCUCUCAUGCAUUCUGAAAAUCUUCGAGACCACGACAUAGCAGCCACUGUUUUCAAGGGACUCGCCGAUCAGUAUAGUGAUAACGAACAUCUUCACAAAUACCUUCUGAAUACGCUGGAGUUUGAGGAAAAGCACCGCGCAGUAUUGGAGGUAUUUGGAAGGUACCCUUCGAGAAAUGAAGCUCUGGGAAGACAAAGCACUACCAAAGAAUUGGAACAUUUAUCAAAAGGGGCAUCAUGGUGACAAGAGUUUCUCCUUCUCGUAGUUCUAGAUGUUGCCGUCAACGUAUAGCUUCGAUCUUACCUGUCAACUGUUCCAUACCACUAGUGCUUACAUUCAGUGGGCUCAUAGCAUCUUCAUAUGCUUUUGAGCUUUCGAUACCUAGAACCAUGCCUCCACUGUCAACUGAAUGUCAGUUUGUAAAACUUGCAGACAUUCUUCGUGCCCUUCUAAAAGCUACACAAAUCUUCUUCUAAAAGCUACACAAAUCUUCUGUUUCCAUCUGUUGCAAAACUU